AUGGCUGACUCCGCGGAUCUCAACCUCGACGCGCCAAGCGAUCUUCAGGAUAUUCCUGAUAUGGCCAUGGAGCUGAUUCCACCGCCCGAAGGAACAUUCCCCGAUAAAGCUUCCCUGCUCGCCUCAGUCCAGGCCCACGGAAAAGCCCACGGAUACAACAUCGUCGUGAAAUCGUCGAGCACGCCAACGGAGAAGAAGCCGGGACGGACCGCAAAGAUAUGGCUGCGCUGCGAUCGUGGUGGACAGUACCGGCCGCGGAACGGUCUCACCGAAGAGACUCGAAAGCGCAAGAGGACCUCCCGUCUCAUGGACUGCCCGUUCAUGCUAGUGGCAGCUGGGACGCCUGGGAUCUGGACAUUAACGGUGCUGAAUCCGACUCACAACCAUGGCCCCGUCCUCGAUAGGCCGCGCCAUGUGCCACAUCACAAAGUCAAGAAGGGCCAGAUCACGGCAGUUCCCUAUGAUUGGCCGCACGAUGCUACGAUGACACCAUUCACGACCGCACUGGUUAUAAUUGAUAUGCAGAAGGACUUCUGCAGUCCCGGCGGUUACAUGGAGUAUCAAGGCUACGACAUCUCUGCCAACCAAGCUCUGAUCCCAAAGCUGCAGCGGGUGCUCCAUGCAUUCCGCGCUUCUGGCUUUCCUAUCUACCACACUCGCGAAGGCCAUCGCCCCGAUCUCUCGACGCUACCAAGUCGAGAAAACUUUCGCUCCCGGAAUAAUGCCUCCGGCCUGGGGAUCGGUGCUCAAGGGCCCUUGGGUCGCCUGUUGAUUCGCGGGGAGGUUGGCCAUGACACUGUUGAUGAGCUGUAUCCGCUCCCCGGGGAACCAGUCAUCGAUAAGCCCGGCCGCGGAGCGUUUCAAUACACAGAUUUUGAACUACUUCUGCGGAACAAAGGCGUCAAAAACCUUAUUCUAGCAGGAGUGACGACGGACGUCUGCGUUUCAACCACUAUGAGAGAAGCCAACGAUCGGGGAUUCGACUGCUGCGUCCUCGAGGACGGUACUGCGGCAAGCGACCCAUCACUGCAUCACAGCACGAUCCAGUCGAUAAAGAUGGAGGGCGGCAUCUUGGGUGCGGUUGCGAGGCUCGACGACGUCGUACAAGCCGUCGAAAACUUCAAAGCUGUCACUGUGAAGAAGUUGGCUCCACAGAUGACUUCUUAACCGAAGAAGAAAAGGUGUUGUUUUCAACAAUAAUGAUUUGAUUUCCUCAUCGAGAGGCAUGGGUAACGAGGUCUCUUCGGUGUUAUUUUCUGUUUGGCGUUCCGGAUCCAUCGAAACAAGCGGGAUAUCUGGUCUUUGACUCUUCUGGCGGCCGUCAGUAAUCGCGGCUGCGGAAGCGUACAUUUUUUUCUUUUUCAUAUCUUCUUCGACUUCUACUUCUACCGAUCACGAUCACGAUUUGAGCCACUUUCGAUUCACCUUCUAGAGUUUAUUUAGACACAUGAUACGUACACGGUAUCUUAUAUUUUUGUUUAUCUAAUCCAGUCCUUUCCCUGGUGGAAUUCUACCUCCUUGCCGU